AUUAUUUGGACCCGUCACUAGGUGGCAGUCUUGUAUUAUUGAUGUACAAACUGCGAGUACAGGAAGGUGAGGAAGUAAUCAGGUUGUAUAGUUUCCACCUGUGUGCCGCUUCCUCACCGCCUGCACUGCACACACUUUGUUUGCUUCGGUUUGCUGUGGCGUCUGUGCUGCUCCGGUUCCCCGCUGCUGAUUCCUGAUUUCCUGGUUUAUAUAGAUAGACGGUCCGACAGACGAUAUCUCAGCGUUCCUCAAACAAUUAGCCCCCUUGGUAGUGGAACGAGUUUGCACAGUGCAUAAGGAGAAAUACAAAUUUAAGCACCAGUACGAGACUCUCCAUUUUAUUACGGGAACCAAGGGCCAGCCACAGGUACUGGACUGAAAGGGUUUGGUGGAGACGAGGCCUGUUAUAGAGUCAGUGAAGUGUGGAGUGGCCAUGAACGCCUCGGAGAGUGACGAGGACUCCUAUAAUGAGAGGACAGCGUUGGUCCCAUCUGAGAAUCCAGUGGUGCCAUCCUACAGACCAGAUUCUGACCUCACGCCUCCCAAUGACGCCCCAUCCAAAAAGCCUGUGGCGAGCAGGAGGGCGCGUCCGGCUGCUGUGGACAGCGGCGGUGGCGGCGGCUCGGAUCAGGAGGUGGACGCAGACGAUGAAGAGCUGACUCUGAAGUAUGGAGCCAAGCACGUCAUCAUGCUGUUCAUCCCCGUCACCCUCUGCAUGGUGGUGGUGGUCGCCACCAUCAAGUCGGUCAGCUUCUACACUGAGAAGACCGACCAGCAGCUGAUCUACACACCGUUCACGGAGAACACGGCGUCCGUGGGACGCCGGCUCCUCAACUCCUUCCUCAACACCAUCAUCAUGAUCAGCGUCAUCGUGGUCAUGACCAUCUUCCUGGUCGUCCUCUACAAGUAUCGCUGCUACAAGUUCAUCCACGGCUGGCUCAUCCUGUCCUCCCUCAUGCUGCUCUUCUGGUUCAGCUUCAUGUACCUGGGCGAGGUGUUUAAGACGUACAACCUGGCGGUGGACUACCCGACAGUGGGGGUGAUCAUCUGGAACUUUGGGACGGUGGGGAUGAUCUGUAUCCACUGGAAGGGCCCUCUCCAGCUGCAGCAGGCCUACCUGAUCCUCAUCAGCGCCCUCAUGGCCCUCGUCUUCAUCAAAUACCUUCCCGAGUGGUCGGCCUGGGUCAUCCUGGGAGCCAUCUCCGUCUACGACCUGGUGGCCGUCCUGUCGCCCAAAGGUCCUCUCAGGAUGUUGGUGGAGACGGCUCAGGAACGCAACGAGCCCAUCUUCCCCGCCCUCAUCUACUCCUCUGCCAUGAUGUGGACGGUGGGGAUGGCGAGCCCGGCAGACGCUCAGCGCUCGGGACAUGAAACAGAUGAGGAGGCGGAGCAGAGCAGCAGGGGGGCGGAGCCUCAGAGCCGUCAGUCACGGCCGUUUCCUGAAGACGACCUGGAGGAGGAGGACCGAGGGGUGAAGCUCGGUCUCGGUGAUUUCAUCUUCUACAGCGUUCUGGUUGGAAAAGCCGCAGCGACGGGUGGAGACUGGAACACCACGCUCGCCUGCUUCGUCGCCAUUCUUAUCGGCCUGUGUCUGACUCUGCUGCUGUUGGCCAUCUUUAAGAAAGCUCUGCCGGCGCUGCCCAUCUCCAUCACCUUCGGCCUGGUCUUCUACUUCUCCACAGACUUCCUGGUUCAGCCUUUCAUGGACAACCUGGCUGCUCACCAGUUCUACAUCUGAGAGGCUCCGCCCACCUCACCUGCAGCCUCCUCCCCAUCAUCGUCGUUGUCUUUAUCUUUAUCAUGUUCGUCCUGCAGGGCCGCCACCAUCUGUUGAUGUAACGCACAAAGACUUCUUCCUUCUACCACAGGAAGUGAUGUAAUGCAGACAAGAAGCUGGCUGCAGGUUACCUGGUUGUGUCUGUUCACCUGCUGACGAACAGUUUAACGCUAGCUGUGACGUCUGUUUCAGAAACCAGAAAGCACCACGACGGCGUGAUAGGCCGAUGCUCCUGUCAGUCAAAGUAAACAAACCUGUAAAGAUUCACUCUGCAGACGUGAGGUCAUCUGUGACCUCAUCUGUUACAUCCCCUAUUUUGUUGUAUAACUUCCUCGCCGACUUCAGUAAACACAGGUGAAAGGUCUCUGUCCUGAUUGGUUCCUGUCUAACAUGACACCAGCUGACUGUGCUGACAUUAACAUGUUAUUAAUAAUUCAGAGUGAUGGCGGCGUGAUGACGCAUUGAACUGAACAAAGAGUGACUGACGCGAGGUGGAGCGCUACACGACAGCAGCGCACCAUCCGACAAACGUCAAAUUAAAAUUGAAUUCCUCCGCUGAUAUUUGAAUAAAUCUAUUUUUAACUUCA